CACCCAGCAAAGCGCCUGCUCCCCUUGAACCGGCGAAACGUAUACCUGACGACGCCGCCGCCGCCGUGGCACCAGCGACGCGCGUACGUUCACGCUGUUGCUAGGCGCCGCUGUUACUCCGUUCUCUCCGUCCCCGUUGACCGCAUCGACGUCCACGCAGCAGCGAUCUCGUCGACGCCGUCUCGGCUCGGGUCAUCCGUCCGUCGCGUUGCGACGCCGCGCGUACCGCCAACUUACCCGGGACCUUCGAGCGAGUCAAGGUCGCCGCCGUGCGCCGCGACGCCGGCGGCUCGCGCGGGGUCAUCGUGCGGCACCGUUGAGCUGCGCGCCGCGGGUCGACUCGGUGACUUCGAUGACGACGAGGACGGCGACGCGCGUCGACAUGGUCGCAUUUGUGAUGUGAACUUGGAGGACGACCGGUGUGUGUGAUCGGAAGGGUUGAUAAUCUCGUGCGUGAACAGGCUGGACAUUCCCAGAGCGGAGCUGUGAUCUCGGAGGGAUCCGAAAUCGAGUGGGAGCGAGUGAAAAGGGAUUUCGUAGAGUGUUUGUUUGGUAAAGUGCUCCUCACGGGCCGAUCGUCCCGUCGUGAGAUAAAGCGGGAGAAGGCAAGGAUAAGGCCGUGAAUGAGAUUCGUGUGAAGAAUCUUGCACCGCUCCAGCUUCUCUGGAAAUUGAGGCGAGCUCUUAUCAAAUUGAAACUCGCGAAAAUAUCGUCGAAUUGAUUUGGUCACAAAAAUUCAUCCGAAUUAGGUGGAGAGAUUGUCUCAGUGGGUCGGGAUGUCGUCGUGAAUUUUUUUCCCGUUCUUCACCCGGGAAAUAAGUACCCUCGAUGAAGGAAGCUCGCUACUUCUCUGGAGCGGCGGAGUUGAGCCGUACUCUCUGAAUUUCCGCGACUGGCAAUAUUGAUGCGCCAGUAAGUUUGGAGGAGGUCGAUGAGUCGGAAAAUCUCCGGGGAUCGUUUUACGGCUUCCACCGCGGCCGAAAGUGUUCGAAGGUAAAGCCCGGAGUCGGUGGGUGGCCCGACGAUGAGAGGCGGAAGAUUUCGUAGCGUGAUGUCAAGGUUGCACGACCUUGGUUCGGUCGCUGACACGGGCGGCUAAAUUCCGUAAAAUCGGGCGUGUCGCAAAAUCUGUAGCUUCUCUCUCCUUCUCUUCCCCUCCCCUCUUUAAUUAAGACCUGGCGCAUACUUUCUUCUUGCUGAAUCUCUCUCUAACUUUCCUUGGCACAAAAAUACACACGCGAAAAUUCUCCCAACUGCACAGCACUUGAUAUCUGUUUGCAUAUAACUCCAUUAUUGACAGAGUCUUUGAAACUUACAAAUCAGGGAAAUAGUGUCUAUAAUAAUAUCUCAACGUCGCGGAUACCUCAAGAAGGGAACUACAGAGAGCAGAAAUAUUUCUCAAACGCGCAUUUGUUUGCUUAAAGAAUUUUCUCCCUCGAAUAACUCGAGUGCUUCCUGUUAUUCGCGGGGCAUAUAAUAGCUUCUCGCGGAAGGAUCCACGGUUACCUCUUGAAUCUUUUUUAUUUUAGCAAUAUCGCCGCGGAGGCACUCGACUUACAAGUUCUAUUGAUCCAAUUUAGAGUUCUUACCGCAUCGCUGAGACGGUCUCGAGCUACACCAGGGUUCAAUGGUCCGUGUAGUAGCUUGAGUUUAUAUUCCUGAUUCGCGGUAAUGUAUCGGCAUCAGCAGAACCACGUAGGCGUAACUUUGUAAGAUUUCACGAGAGCCAGACGAGCGGCCUUCUCGGACUCUCGUGGGUUUUUGAUGUCGUGUAUAUAUGGUGUACGGUACUCUGUGAAAAUUCACGUGCGAGGCAAAAUUAACGCGAGAUCGUGCGUUGUUCCUCAGAAUAAUUCAAGCAACCGUGAAUAUUCGGCGCAAACAAUUCCGUUAACAUCGAAUGAAGAAAUGAUGUUACCUGCGCAUUGAACUCUCGUUGGAUCGUUUGAUUGAUUAUGUACCUAAGGCUCGUAUUAAUAGUUAUUGCUUGAAACUCAUCGUCUCUAGUGAGGCACUCGAACUUAAAUUCAGAGUUAGAUAACAACCUUUCAGUCGAAUCGCUUUAUCACCGAUAUAAAUACCACAUGUAUCUGAAAAACAUAUGGAAAUCACAUGUCGACUGAAAAACUUGAAUCUAGCUUGGAAUAAACAUCUAUCUCGUAUGAAACAAGUUGAUGGCUAUUAAUGUGGACUUUAUUUCUCCUUCUCGGAAAUAGUAGUCACGAUAGACUGAUAUAUAUAAGUUUACUUUAUAGCAACUUUAGGUAUAUUAACUCAUGAAAUUCACGUGGAUAUCGCUUAUCACUGACUGGGUCACGAUCAUAUUUGUUACAUGGAAUGACGAAAUAUAAAUACGGAAGAAAAUGAUCAAAUUUGCUCAAAUAACAUGUCAUGUUAAAUGUAACAUAAAGAUCUGUAACUUUUGGUGAAUUUGUUGCUGCAUCAAUGCAACAAAGAAUUUACAUUGUUGUAUGACGUAAAUUUAAUAAUUAAUGCAAUUCGCGGUAUAUUUGCUUCAUAAAUGUAAUUAAAACGAUUGCACAGUUUCCAUCAUCGAUUGUCUCUGAUAAUCACGAAAGUCUGUCUGGGAAUGUGAUUGAAAUUGGUCUAUUCUAAAAGUCGCAUUAUUAGCGCUCUGCGCACAGCCGCGCAACCCUCGGGGGCGGGAAUGCCGGUGAUCUAUCGCAGGUUCACGUACGAGCUCGGGUUGAUACCUGGGGGGUUGCACUGCAGUGUCGGGCUGCAGUGACUGCAGGCAAGCAGGCAGGUAGGCAGUCAGGUUUAGGCGGUGUCCCGCAGUUUGGGGUAGGUUAGGUACGCUCAUACAUAUACGUCGCGUUUGCACGCGACGCUCUUAUCAGUCGUGAAGUUUCUUACGGAGACAGCGGAACGUUUCUGCAACAUUGAAUAUUUAGCGAUAACGGCGCCUCACCGGGUCACGUUACUCUCCGUUCUCUCUCUCUCUUCCGUCUAUCGAAAAACGCCGAAACAAGUUCGCCAUUUCUCCGGGAACGACGCCGCUCCAGAAACUCGCAACCAAAAAUGUAGAUCGCAUGUCGUCAAAUUAAAAUGACAAAAAUACACCAAAUUUAUCUUGCCGUUUGCUAUCUGCUCGAGCUAUUUUUGCUCUUGUUGCCAAUCUCACACAUAAGUCGUACGCGCAAACAAAUAUGCAAGAAUUUUAUAGUAAAUUCAUUAUAUAGUAAAAAUCAUUAUAUAUUUUAUAGAGAGAAUUUUAUAGUAAAAAUCAUUAUGUUUAUUUCAAAAUUUUUUUAAUGAAAAAUAGAUUGACAAUUUGCAGUAAAUGUUUAUCCUUUUAUUUCAUAUGUGCUACUUAAAAGUUUGUUCUGUAUGAAAUUUACUGCGUUCCUUAGCAACACAGAAAAAGAACAUUCUUAUUUACAGAAUACUUUUAUUUUUGACAUGUUAUUCUUCUGAGAUUACCUAGUGUUAAACAAAGAUAAAUUACUUGCAAGGAUAUAUUUUAUACGAUUUUCAACAAAGAAAAGUUUUAUUGUUUAGAGGUAAUUUUCAUUAGUGAAAAUCGCAAAAUGUUGGACUGACAUGAUGCUUUUAAAUGUCGGAAGAAGAUGUCAUUAUCACCAAAAUAAUGGCAAAUAACUGUAUAGUAUUUUUUAUAUAAGAUUAUUACAAUAUGAAGUGAAAUUAUAAUUGUUGAAAUUCAAGGCUUUAAAAUUCCUCAAACAAAAUUACACAUCGUUGCUUACAUAUGAAACAAUAAUUGUUAAUUUGAGUAUAUUAGUUUUGAAUUUCUUUCUGCGAAAAGAGCUACAAUAUUCUCUCUGUGUAGAUAUAAAAUGAAAGGAAUACACGAUGUUCAUUUGCAAUACAAAUGUAUGAUUUAUUCAAUAUAGAUUGAAUAUAAUAGGUGUAUUUAAUGCACAUAUUACAGCGCAUUAUUAUCGCUGUUGACUCAUCCGCAUUGUGUCGGCUACGUAGACUAGACAUAUCUGCUCGAAAUGCGAUCACAAUCCGGCUUAACAAUCAUAUCGGGAUAACCGGCGGCAGCGUCUCGGAAGAACAAGACCCAGGGAGGGUCGUUGAUCGAAGAAGGACACGCCAGGACAGGGUCCUUUGGUGCACCUGUCGCCCGACGACUGUUUGUGCGAACGUAUCGAUUCGGGUACCGGCGAUGCAGUGAACGAGAGAGACGAGACAACGGCGGUGCAAAUAGGAGACCAGCCUGGAACUCGUUUAAUCCCGCCUUCGUCCUUUCGCGCGGCGCAAUGCUGUGAAUCGUUCGUGCGACGAGCGACGACCGGGCACACACACACACACACGGGGUCCUUCUGAUUUAUCCGGCGAUCCAAUUUCGUCGUCGAACAAAACAGCGCGCGGUCAACAUGAGCAGUUGCUGAACAUUGAUCGCUGACACGGACGAGGGGAAUUCGCGCAACGCUGGAAGACGUGUGGUGUAUCUGACUGGACCCCGUCAUCACAUCGCCGGUGUCACACGUAUCUUAUCUCCAUACCGUCCUACGAGGAAGCCGUGGUGAUAAGUGGUGGGUGAUGAUAAGUGACCCACCGUUUCGAAUGAAGUGGUUUUAGGAUGAUGGUGGAGCGUGUCGAGGAUCACCUCUUCAUGUAUCGACGCCCCGUCUACCGCGUCUUCCAGUACCUCGAAACUACCGACCAUGAGGGGAUGAGCACUGGAGCAGGAGAUGGAGGUGGAGGCGGUGUCGGAGGUGUCCAGAGCAGCGGCGGUGGUAGGAACACGCCGCCGCAUGGUUCACCCACCCCCAUGGACAAGGCGACCUUAAAGGUUCAUCUUCCCAACGGUGGCUUCAACGUCGUCAAAUUCGGCGAUGCGAUCGACGUUCGAGGUAUCAUCUCUCUAGUCACCAGUCGACUCGCUGUUGGUGCCAGACACUACCGGAAUCUGUACGCGAUGAGGCUUCACCAUCCCGGAUCCGGAGAGAGUUAUUGGUUGCAUCAGGACACAACAAUGUAUCAGGUGCAGGAAAAAUACGAGCGAAAGCAUCCGCACUGCGAGUGGAGGUACGAGCUCCGAGUGCGUUACUUGCCUCAAAAUCUAAACGAUCUUUACGAGAAGGACAAAGUCACGUUUUAUUACUACUACGAUCAGGUGCGAAACGACUAUCUGUGCGCGAAUCACGCCGCUUUGGAUCAAGACGUCGCGGUUCAACUGUGCUGCCUGGAGAUUCGCUAUUUCUUCAAGGACAUGCCGCAAAUUGCACUGGACAAGAAGAGCAAUCUGGAAUACCUGGAGCGUGAGGUCGGCCUGCAUAAAUUCUUACCGCGUUCCGUGCUGAACGGGAUGAAGCCGAAAGCGCUCCGAAAAUUGAUACAGCAGCACUUCAAGAAAGUCGCGGCGCUGUCCGAGCUGGAAUGCAUGUUCAAAUUCUUCGACUUGCUACGAGCGCAUUACCGAUUCGAUCAGGAAAGGUUCAUAUGCGCCUUAGGGUCAAGCUGGUCAAUACCCGUGGAACUAGUCAUCGGACCGGACCUAGGCAUAUCUUACAUGGCUCAUCGAGGUGGGACAGUGCCUACUAGAAUGGCGGAAUUCACGCAAAUACAAUCUAUCCAAACGUUAGUCUCGGACUGUAAGGAGCACGCGAAGGCCUGUAUUAAAUUGAGAGUCGCGGGAGCCGCGGAGACUCUCAGCAUUACUUGUUCCAGUCUGGAUCAAGCGGAGAGUCUUGCGGAUCUGAUUGACGGAUAUUGCAGACUGGUCACCGACAGCAACACUUCGUUGUGGAACAGGAAAGCUGGGUCGUGGAAGAAUUAUCCCUGUCCGUGCAAAGACGCACAACCGCCAAAAUACAGACAAGAUGGUGCCAGCAGUCCCGAGAAAAACGCCGGUAAAACUGGAACCAUUUUGUCGGAAGAUUAUGCGGAAAUCGUCGACGAGGAAGGAGAUUAUUCGACACCAGCCACCCGAGAUUACGAAAUAGUGCGGAAUCAGGUGGAACUAGGUGAAAUUAUAGGAGAGGGUCAAUUCGGUAACGUUCACAAGGGUUCGUACAAGGGAAGAGAUGGCCAGACUAUCGCCGUCGCCGUGAAGACAUGCAAGGUCGACGCCACGGCCGACAAGUUUCUCGAGGAAGCUUAUAUCAUGCAGCAGUUCGAGCAUCCGCACAUCAUUAGACUAAUCGGAGUCUGUUCUGAGGGGGCGCCAAUCUGGCUCGUGAUGGAACUUGCUCGACUCGGAGAAAUGCGCGCUUAUCUGCAGUCCAAUAAACACCGUCUGGAUCUCGCCACGCUUCUACUAUAUACCUUUCAAUUGAGCACUGCCCUGUCGUAUCUCGAAAGCAAGAAAUUCGUGCACAGAGAUAUCGCUGCAAGGAAUGUGCUAGUCUCGUCGCAUAGUUGCGUCAAGCUGGCGGAUUUCGGCCUCAGUAGAUGGGUAGAAGAUCAGAGUUACUAUACCGCCAGCAAAUGCAAACUGCCAAUUAAGUGGAUGGCGCCGGAAAGCAUAAAUUUCCGAAGAUUCACAACUUCAUCCGACGUUUGGAUGUUUGGCGUGUGUAUGUGGGAGAUUCUGAUGUUAGGCGUAAAACCAUUCCAAGGAGUAAAAAAUAACGAAGUGAUCCGCAAGCUGGAGAAUGGAGAAAGGCUCGCGCUUCCUAAUCACUGCCCACCGAGAUUAUAUUCCCUGAUGUCUCAGUGUUGGAGCUACGAACCCAGCAAGAGACCGACGUUUAAAGAGAUCAGGGAAACUUUACAUGAGAUUUUGCUGGAAGAAAAGCAUCAGCAGCAGGAAACAAUGCGACGCGAGAACAGAAGAGUACAAGCCAUGUCUUGGGGUGCUGACGAUGUGCCGCCACCAAAACCCUCCCGGCAGCCGCAGAACACGACGGAACAAUCUCAGUUGACUGCCGCGGCGCCGUCCACGUAUAUCGUGGCGCAGAGUCCCGAGGUUCUCGCGCAACUACUCAAGGAUAACCAGGCCAGAGGGGUAUGUCCCUCCGUGUACACGACACCCGCGUCCCCCUUCAACACCCUGGCGGUGCAGUUUCAGGACGAGGAUCAAGUCCUGACCACCGCCGUCGUCUCCGACCUGCCUUUCUUCGACCCCGCGCUCUCCGAACCGUCCGUCACGCACGACACCCAGUCGGGCGAUUCUACCCUGUCCGACACCAACCUAGACUCCCUCGACUCCGCGGACAACGCUCCCCUCAUGUCGAGCCUGAGCAUUUCAGACACGGCGCAGACGCAGUCGCCCGCCGCCAACCGAAAGCAGCAGAAGGUUAAAGAGAUGCAAAACUUGUAUGCGGUUAGCUCGAAGGUGGUCGGUAGCGUCACGGGGGACCUGUACUCCCCCGUGCAGAAAUUCCCCGCGUCCUCCAGCGCCGUGGCGGCCGCCGGCGGUGCCGUGACCGCGGUCGUCGCGACGGGCAACGCCUGCGGCCCCGAGAUAUACGGGCCGGUCGCUAGUUUCACCCAGAGCUCGGCUAUCGUUGGUAAUCUCAGUCAGAGCGCUAGCGUAGGUGGUAAUUAUGGUGAGAACCCCGGAAACUUUGGUCCCAGUAGUUUGGGCAGUGUUGUCAUACCGAGUAGCAAUCAGGCGCAGUUCGCGAGCGGCUCGCAUGCUCAAAGCCAGCCAGUUGGUUACGGUAACUUCGCGGCUACUAACAACGCUAGUCAGGUAUUCGCUGGCGGUCAGUCCACGAGUCAGAAUGCGAGUGGCGUGCAACAGAAUGUUAGCAGCAGCGGCGCUGUUGGUGGUGUUGGUGUGGGUGGCGGUGGUUGUGUUGUUAGUAGUGGUAGUGGUGGUGGUAGUAGCGGUAGCGGUGGUAGUGGCAAUGCCGCUGCUGGCGUGUAUCGCAACAUUAGCUCGGCGAAUGUACCCAAUUCCACGUCGAGCGCGGAAUGUUUGUACGGCCCGGUCCUGAAGUUCCGCGCGCAGAACGUCCAACCCCAAUCAGCCGGCCCGAUCGAGUUGAAGCCUGUGAACGCGUCAGCCGGUAAUUACGGCCAAACUGGAAGAAGCAGCCUGGUCUACAGUCCCACCCCGGCGCAGAGUCUACAGUCGCAGCCGGCAUAUCCGCAGAAUUACCCACAUCAGCAGAUCUACUCGAACAUCGCCCAACCGGGCCAGCAAGCUAUGUAUCUGCCACAGAUGCAACAUGUGCAGAAUAUCGCGCGGCAGAACGCCGUUCCGCAGGCCGUGUCGUACGCGGUGAUACAGCACACGAAUCAUCAGCAGCAGCAGCCCCAAUUGGCCGGCCCCAAUCCGAUCUACACGGCCCACGCGACGUCCGUGUCGCUGGUUCAAGCGCAAAAGAUGCACAUGCCGAAUUACGCUCAGCAAGUGCCGACUGGAAUCGCCGGUCAGCCAGUGACUUGCCAAGUAACCGGCUCCAAUCAGCCGGCGAGUCUCCCUAUAAUGCAGACCUCGAUUCAGUCGCAUUUCAUGACACCGUCUGCCGUGAUCUCACAGAACGUUCAUCCAAUUUCAUCCGGCUACAUCGUGGACCAACAACAACCGAGCUCACUCGGUCCGAUAGAUCACACUCAAAUGCAUGCUAGUGUCGGCAAUAUAUCGCAAAUAACGCAGCCUCAGAUGGCAAGCGGCGUCGUGAAGGUCGCAAACGUGCCAUUAAUAGCGACGGGGGUCGCAAAGAUCACCACGUUCGUGGCGCAAAAGCAAGACGAGCAGUUGACAAGCUCGACAGACGGCACGCUCUCCGGAUCAUUGAUCUCAUCCGCUGUCAGCGACAGCACCAUGUCGUCUAGCAGCUCAAUGACAGAGGAGGUACAACAAGAUCAGAGGAACGUGCACUCGCAAUUGUUCGACAAUCUGACUGAUAAUUUCAACAGUGGCAUUGACGACGAGCAGAAGCUGCUGGAGCAACGACUGUUGGAGCAGCAACGGCAGUCCGAAGAGGAUAGUCGCUGGCUCGCGAGAGAAGAGAAACGCUUGUCGAUCGCUACGAGUGGUGAUGAAAGUGCUAGUCCCCCGGUUCCACGGUCAGUUACUCAAUCACCAAGCCAUGAACCGCAUUCCGCUAACACUGGCUCUCUCGGUUCGGACAAAGGUUCCGACAAAGUAAUCGUAGUAAAGAAAAUGGAACCCACACCCACUGCAGAUUUAGACAGAACCAACGAUAAAGUAUACGACUGCACGACAAGCGUCGUUCGUGCAGUUAUGUCAUUAUCACAAGGUGUUCAACAGAGCAAGGCUGAUCAGUAUUUAGAACUAGUACAUAGAGUAGGUAUCGAAUUGAGAGCACUGCUGUCUUCUGUGGAUGUUCUUGUAGAAAUAUUGCCGAUAUCCGCACAUCGCGAGGUUGAGAUGGCACAUAAAGUAUUAAGUAAGGACAUGGCGGAGCUCGUGGCCGCCAUGAAACUGGCGCAAAACUACAGUACCACUACGUUAGAUGCUGAAUAUCGGAAGGGAAUGCUUUCUGCGGCUCAUAUCUUAGCAAUGGACGCGAAGAAUCUCUUAGACGUGAUCGAUUCCAUCCGUAUUCGUUAUCCGUAUGUGGAUAGUCAGAUUUGCCAGAGGCAGAGCAAUGUUGUUAACAUGACACGGGAGUCCACGCCCGAGAAUCGCAUUCGCUCGAGUCAAUCCGGCGAGCAAUUUCUGAGAAGAAGCCAGUCGAGCGAACGACAAGCGCCGACCUUCCGACAAAGCCAAAGUGGAGACCUGUUGCACAGAAUGGGUCAGUCCGUGGACCGAUCUUCGCCGGGAAGUCAGUCCGAUGUCAAUUCCGGCAGUAGUCUAGAAAGAAGGCAUAACAUAGUGACCAACAGCCUCGAGCGUAAUUCGACCGCGAGGAGACAGAUAGCUACUAAUAGUUUAGAAAGAAAAAGACCGUCACUGACAUGUAACAUGGGGCCUAUGAAUAAUUCCGUAAAUCUACCACCGAUGGUUCCGGUCACUUGCAACUUAGUGCAGACCGUGAGUCCCGUCAUACAUCCGAGCCAGUCGGUAACAACGGGCGUCAGUCAACAAGUGUUCGCAGCCAACAGCAAAGCUACAAACGAGACUCCGAUAAACGACAGCUAACAACGAGGUGCCUUGAACUGAGGUAAACCACGAUAUCGCGCGCGCAACAUCUUUUCCCAUGUGAACGAAGCAUUUGUCACUCCUAAACGUACUGAUUCCAGGACUACUUCGGAUCAUUUGCUUAGUAUGUAUAUAAAUAGACGGCAUCCUACCAAGUUACCCGUGUACACAUCUACACGAAACAUUUCAACAACGGGAGAUCUAGUAUUUGUGCUUUUUAGCUCUUUUUAACAUUUAAAUAUGCAGGCAAUUUGCAUAUAAGCGUACUUAUAGAUAGGACAGUAUUCAUUAGUUGUAGUAGUAGGCGAUUUAUCACUAGAGAAUUUAAGUCACAGCUAUAUAAUGAAAUCACAACUCCAAAGCUUUAGGAUUAUCGUUACUAUUUGUUACAUGAUAACUACAUGUACGAGGUGACGCAAAGAUAAAUUUUUUCACGCGCAAGUAGAUUUACGCGAUUUAUUGGGUUAUCAGAGCUAUGACGUUAUUGAGAGAGAGAAGGGUCUCAAUUUAUUUAUCAUUCGCAUUAACGGCACAGAGCUUAAAAUUCACGCUUAAAGAGGAUCUUUUUUUUAGUUUCGUUUGUGUCAUCUCGUAGUCAGUUGGCGAUACAUAUACAUACAUGCAAACGUAUUUUAGAGCGUGCGUAUGUGUAUAUGGUUAUAAAUAUAUAUUUAAACGAACGCGAAUUCUCUCUUCAAUCAAUAUUACGCGAGAAUAUAAUUUCUUGUAGGACGUAAUCUUACAAUGUUGUUUUUAAUACAAGUUCGUAAUUUCAUAGUCUAUUUCCUACAUAUAGGAGUACUAUGGGGAGUGAUUAUAAUGUAAAAAGUGAGGGCGAAUGUUAUUUCUAUUAGAUAAUUAUUUAAUGAUUCGUACAAUUUUGCGACAUUUAUACGAGAUGUUUUGAUAAAAGGCAAAAACCAUUUUUCAGCGAGUCAGUUCCUACGAGACGAUAUUUUUAAGAAGUUCCAUCUUUACAUAAGAAUAUCAUUAAUAGCUCAUCAGUGCAGUUUGCGACGAUAUGUGCAUAUAUACGGCGCAUUUAUGAAAUUCACAUCCAGAUGUUCGAAAGACGAAAGAAAAGAUACUCCAUUUUACGAUUAAUCUUUUUUUGUGUUCUUGGGAAAGCUCAGUCUCUCACUCGCAAGGAAUGUUCUUCAUAUCUCAGAAUAUUAUGUUACGUUAUAUUGACACAUUUUGCUUGGAACGUUAUAAUUGACAUGAAGCGAGAUUCUCGUAGUUUGUGAAUUGUAAAUUCGAUAUAUUAAAUGGUAUGUGGCUUUAAAGAUUCAUGUGCCAAGGCGUGCUCGCAUGCUCGAAAGAAUAUAACAUUUGCUUUGUAAAUUUCAUUAAGUUAGAACGUGAAGCAGUUCUAUCUCAAGAAUUCGUAAUGAGUAUUUAUAAUUAUUGAUGGCAUCUUUCUAUCGAAAGUAUGAACCGCUUCUUUAACUUAUGUUGUGUGAGAGAGAGAGAGCGUAUAUUAUAUAAAUGAUAUUUAUUAUGCUAUAUUUGAGAGAGAAACGAUAUGUUAGCGAUCGAGCCAAUCCCAAUUUAACUGAUGCAUUUUGUAAAGUAAUGACACGUAUACUAUGUAUACACAUUUUCUAUAGCAGUCUUAUCACUUUGGUUUCAUAUACCGAAUUAUAUUACUUACUAUUACGAGUAUUUCUUUCAGGUUUAUAAAAGACAUUAUUCUACAAGUCAUAUAUAAAUUUGGUUCCCAAAUUUUUUUAUAAAGAUAUUUAUUUAUAUAGACAGAUCUUUGUGUGUGUGUGUGUACUUUCCCUCAAGUUUUCCACAGCAUUAUUCAUAAACGAAACGAUUUUAUUUUUACUUUGUAUCAUAUAUUGAGGUAAAUUUUAUUAUUUGACACGUAAUAGCUCAUAAUGAGAUUACAUCCAAUUUAGGAAUGGCCCAGGAAUCAUUCAAUUCACUGUAUUUCCAAGAAAUAUGUUAUAUUCAAUUAUAUAACUAUUGAUAAUGUCAAGUGCAUUAACGAAAAAUUUUACUUGAGCAAUAGCGAGAUGCUUCUAUGAUAAAACGGCAAUUUCAUAGUCAAUGGAAUGACAUAAUUGUUGGCCAUUGAAAUUAAUAAUUAUUCUCUAAUAUAUAACAUUAUGGUCUUUUAAGCGGUGAGAUAACAACAAUGUACCACCGAUAAUGUCGCUGUUAUGUCGGUUAAGCAAGAGAUGAUAAAAAUAAAUCAUAUGUAAUCUCAUUUCUCAUCUUAAAAAUAUUUAUAAAUUGUGUAAAUGUAACUAUGUAUCAUGAUCACGAGCAAAAUAAACUGCGCAUAUGAUUUCAACAUUU